AUGGAUCAACAACUGAAAGACAAUGAAGGCAUAGUCUUACCAGAACCGACUGUGGCAAACAGCUUCUCAGCAUCUAUGGAAGUGUCAGGCGUUGGACCACGUGCCAAGUCAAUCACAGUGAGCAGCAAAGGCGACGGGGAGACCGGCAGCGUGAUUCUGGGCAUUUCAGACCGUUUAGUGUCUGCGAUGGUGCAGCCAGGUUCUGCAGCAGCUGCCUUCAUGACAUUAAAUGGGAUGGAGAGUCUUCUUAGCCACAAAUACUUUGAAACAGAGAACAGUACAGAAAUGUACUCAGAUGUUAUCACUGCAAUCUUGCCCUCAUUGAACAACACCAACCUCACAGAGCCUGUCAACUUUACCAUCUAUCACAAGAAGGCAGUACCUGAAUCUGGUUUGGUAACCUGUGUGUACUGGGAGGACAAAACACAGGAGACAGCAACGGAAGAAGGAAGUGAAAAAAGAGGAGAAAAGACUAAGACUAUGCGUUGGUCAGUAGAGGGUUGUUGGGUUGCACACACUAAUGAAAACUACACAGUGUGCAGCUGCUCUCAUCUCUCCACAUUUGCCCUCAUCAUGCAGAUAGGGGAGCCUCCACCAGAGGAUCCUUUCUUAGAGUGGCUGAACCGGGUGUGUGUGAUUUUCGGAUUAUUCUUCUUUGCACUGGCCAUCCUCACCUUCCUCCUGUGUAGCUGGAACCCCAAGAUCAACAACACGGCCCGUCUUCACCUCUGUAUCAGCCUUGCCUUGUCUCAUCUACUGCUGCUGUGGAAUGACAGAUAUGUUGAACAAGAGUUGGCCUGCACCGUCAUGGCCGGGCUUCUCCACUUCUUAGUUGUUGCCAGUUUUGUGUGGAUGCUGCUGGAGGCCCUGCAGCUCCACCUGCUGGUCCGAAGGCUCUCUAAGGUGCAGGUCAUCCAGAGAGAUGGCCUCCCUCGGCCAAUUCUCUACCUGAUUGGCUAUGGGGUUCCAUUUGUGAUCGUGGGUAUUUCUGCACUGGUGUAUUCUGAUGGAUAUGGUGCUACUGAGGCAGAGGUGUGCUGGCUGUCACAACAACGCAACUUCAAAUGGGCUUUAACAGGACCAGUGAUUACUGUCCUUGCACUUAACUGCGUCUUGUUCUGUGCUACUUUAUGGAGUCUGAGACCCACCUUGGCCAACAUGAAGAGUGAUGUCUCUCAGUCCAAAGAUACAAGAUUGAUUGUGUUCAAGAUCCUGGCCCAGUUUGUCAUUCUGGGCUGUACCUGGCUUCUGGGCCUGUACCAGACAAACCUUUUUUUUCAAGUCCUUUUCAUAAUCCUAAACUCCCAGCAGGGCACCUUCCUCUUCAUCGUCCACUGCCUGCUCAAUAAGGAGGUUAGAGAGGAAUACAUAAAAUGGCUGACCUGUUCCUUUAACAAGCGGCGAGAAGAAGGAUCUGUGAAAGAUGCUCCGUCAGUCUCGGAGGACUUGGACAAGGCUGGAGACCAGACAGGCUAAUGGCGAGGAAAUAAGUAUGGCAAAAGGACCAGGAAGAGAAAUGCAGGCCUUAUUCAGUUUUCAACCAUUCAGCUGUAUCUACUAUGAUUUUUUUCUGUCAUUUUGUGCUUGGGAUGGUGUUCACUUGGACACAACACAACAAUACCUGAUCAUCAUCAUUGCCGUUAUUUUCCUUGUUCAAUGCAGGUUUCUUCUGCUUUGU